AUGUCAAUGGGGUUUACGUUAAUAAUGCUGACAAAACAGUUAUGCCAGAUUCCUUUCAUGGUGAGACCAAGCAAAAAAGAACCAAUAGCCCCGUUGGAUUUACCCUUGUUUCUUGAUGGUAAUUUGAAAACUUCCAGUGAAUUUAACCCAUUUAAUUUUCAUGAUGAGGAGGAAACAAUUGGUCAUGGCAGCAGACGGGAGAGUCCUCUACCUGUUCAAGAUGCUACCUCAAGUGGUCCUUUAGCUUUACCUGAUUUUUUAUCAGACACUGCACUGGUAAAUGAACGCCAGGCAACAGGAAGUGUGGCAGGGGACAGUACCCGGGAGAAUGUAGAUGACCUGCUGGAUAGAAUACGUUUGCUGCAAGAAGAAAAUGAUGCCUUGAGAUCUGAACUAAACAGGGAGAGGCAAAAAGGCCAGGACAAAAACCUAAGGCUAUCACAGCUCAAAAUAGAUUUGGAGCGACAGAAAAAGAAGGAAGUAGAGGAUAUGGCAGUUUUAGAGAAAGCGGUUCUACAAGUUGAAGAAAACUUAGUAACAACAACAAAACGAGCUGUCCAGGCGGAGGCGACAGUAACCAAACUCAGGCAGGAGGUGAAAUCUUUGCAGAAGCAGGUGGUGGCCUUGAGUGCGGAGGCUGAAGCCUACAGAUCUGGAGACCAUGGUUUGACUGAUAUACGUGAGAGAACCAAAUAUACGUCAGAUGAGCUGAAAUCUGCAGCAGCCAUAGCAGAGAGAAAUUUGAAGGAAUUGAUGGAUGGUGUUGACAAGUUGAAACUUCUGUCUCAGGUGUUGUCAUCCUUAGAGAAGGUCACAGAAGUCAUCCCUGAGGCAGUGCCAGAAGAUGACACCAAGCCAUCAUGA